AUGAACGAACAUCCCAAUUAUGUCAAACCUCGACAUCGGAACGUACUCGUAUACACUUCAACAAAGAAGGUCAAAGAGGAAUUUCUACGUGCUUGGAAUGGGUAUAAGAAUAAUGCAUGGAUGCAUGAUGAAGUGAUGCCACUUUCUGGUGGUCAAAAAGAUACAUUUGUGGGUUGGGCUGCAACAUUAGUGGAUUCUUUGGAUACACUUUAUAUAAUGGGAUUGAAGAAGGAAUUUGAAGAUGCAUUAGAAUCACUUAGACGAAUUGACUUUUCGAAACCAAAUGCCGAACGUGUUCCUGUAUUCGAAACAACUAUUCGAUAUUUAGGGGGUUUGUUGGGUGCAUGGGAUGUUAGUGGUCAUCAAUAUCCUAUUUUACUUGAAAAGGCAAAGCAACUUGGGGAUUUAUUAUACCAAGCUUUCAAUACCGAGAGUGGCAUUCCUACACCUUAUUAUUGGUGGGAGAAAGAACUCUCAGAAGGGGAAAAAAUACUGGGUGAGAACGGUGUCCUACUUGCUCAAAUUGCAAGUUUGUCAAUCGAAUUCAUUCGUUUAAGUCAAGUUACAGGCGAUCAAAAAUACGAGAAGUCAAUACAAAAAAUUACGGAUCAACUGGAGAACAUUCAAAAUACUACAGUAUUACCAGGAAUGUGGCCAUCUCAAGUAAACUGCAUGGGAUCAAACCUAGCAUCUGCGAGCCUUUCAUUUACUUUGGGAGCUUUUGCCGAUUCUGCUUAUGAAUAUCUUCCAAAAACACAUUUAAUUCUUCCCAAAUCGUCCUCCGCCGAUCAAUAUCUGAGAAUGUAUCGUAAUGUAUUAUCAACCAUCAAUAAACAUCUCGUUUUCCGUCCCAACCUUCCUGGUGAUCCGGAUAUACUAUUCACAGGAACCGUCGACGUCGAUUCCGGACAGCCAAUUCUAGAUGCUCAAAUCCAACAUCUCGCUUGUUUCACAGGAGGUAUGAUAGGUAUAGGAUCACGAAUAAAUCAAUCACCAUCAGAAAUGGAAACCGCAAUAAAACUAACCAACGGCUGUAUCUGGGCUUACGAAAACACUCCCUCAGGAAUCAUGCCUGAAAUAUUCCAUGUAGAUCCUUGCACCAAUAUUUCCUCCUGUAAAUUUCAAGGCUCAAAUACAGAUAAUGGCUUUACACGCAUUGAAGAUCCAUCCUACCAACUCCGCCCCGAAGCCAUCGAAUCUAUCUUCAUCAUGUACAGACUGACAGGUGAUCCUGUAUGGCAAGAAAAAGGUUGGAAAAUGUUCAACGCCAUUGUUAAACAUACACAUACGGAUAUAGCAAAUGCUCGAAUCAAAAAUGUCAUGGAUGAGAAACCGGAAAAAGAAGACUCGAUGGAAAGUUUCUGGUUGGCGGAAACAUUGAAGUAUUUUUAUUUGCUUUUUUGUGAACCGGGUGUGCUGAGUUUGGAUGAGUGGGUGUUGAAUACGGAGGCUCAUCCUUUGAGGCAGGCUAGGGGUUGA